AUGUCAUUAUCUAUAUUUUUUGUGACAGUAAUGAACAUACAUAUAAUCUUAUCUAAAGUCUUUUUUUGCAGAACGGCCAGCCCAUAUAAAAUACCUUUUAAUUUACUAUUUUCUACUGAAAAUGCUUGUAUUGACCGACUCUCAAUAGUUAUGGACGAGGACGAUGAUCUCUUUGGCUCAGACUUGGACGAUGAUGACAAACGAGACAAAGGAAGUCCAGAAGACAAGAAGUUUUUCUUUCGCAAAGAGCUUAGGUCUAUGUUGUAUGGAUUCGGUGAUGACAAAGUACCAUAUGACAAAACCCUCGAAACUUUGGAAGGGAUAGUUUUGGAUUACAUAAAGGAGCUAUGUGAGAGGGCCAUGAAUGUUGGCAAACCUGAUCGAAUAGCUUUGGAAGACAUCCAUUAUCUGAUUCGAAGAGAUCCGAAGAAGUUUGCCAGGGUGAAGGAUCUCUUAUCGAUGAGCGAAGAACUGAAGAAAGCUCGCAAACAGUUUGAUGACGUAAAGCAACUCUGAUAAUAUACCUCAAAGGCUUUAUGUACAUACUUCUGUAUAAUAGAAUGUGUAUAAAACCAUAUCGUGAAGUGAUAG